AUGGCUCCCUCCAAGCCCAAUGGCACUGCUAAUGGCCAUGCCAAUGGAUACACCAAUGGGCACACCAACGGCUUCUCAAACGACGCACAUGCGCCACAUCCUAGUCAUACCAAGACUGACCGAACAAGGUGGAGGCUCGAGGUUGGAGAGGGAAAUCGUCAUGUAUGGCACUAUCUGAAAAGUGACGAAGAUACCCAGGAAUGGCCACAGUCGAUAGCGGACAAGUACUUCGUGGGACUCCCAACAGAACAACCAGACCUCCCUCCUGCUACAAAACCCUCAGAAUCGAUUGAAAAUGUCUUCACGUUCUAUUCGAAACUUCAACUGCCCUCAGGAAACUGGGCCUGCGAGUACGGUGGCCCCUUGUUUCUCUUGCCUGGACUGGUCAUCUGUUAUUAUGCAACCAACACUCCGAUCCCCCCAGAGUGGCAGAUCGAGAUUCGAAACUAUUUAUAUGCGAGACAAAAUAAAGAUGGAGGAUGGGGUCUCCAUACCGAGGGUCACACUUCUGUCUUUGGAACAGCCAUGAAUUAUGCCAUCCUGAGGAUACUGGGCGCUAGCGAAGAAGACCCAAGGCUAAUCAAAGCGAGAGGCAAACUGCAUCAGAUGGGAGGGGCCGUCAAUGGGCCUCACUGGGCCAAAUUCUGGCUGAGUGUCCUUGGAGUCACAAAAUGGGACAUUGUGAAUCCUGUUCCACCAGAGCUGUGGCUACUUCCAGAUUGGGUCCCCAUUGCACCAUGGAGAUGGUGGAUACACAUGAGACAGGUUUUCCUGCCCAUGUCCUAUAUCUGGUCCAAGAAAUUCGUCAUGCCGGAAACCCCCCUUGUUCGCCAACUGAGGCAGGAAUUGUUCGUUCAGUCGUAUGACUCUCUUGACUUCUUGUCCCACCGUAAUUCCAUAGCCGCCGAGGACAACUAUCACCCCAAGUCCUGGGUCCUCAACUUGAUCAACUGGAUACUGGUCUGGAUCUGGAUUCCUUUCCUUCGUACAGUUUCCAUUGUGCGCAAGGCUGAAGCCUGGACCUGGAGACUGAUUCAAUAUGAGGACCACAACACAGACUACGCUGACCUCGCUCCUGUCAAUGCCCCAAUGAACACCCUCGCUUGCUAUAUCAAAGAAGGUCCUGACAGCCAUUCCUUCAAGAAACACCUGUACCGCCUUCACGAAUACUUUUGGGUCAACGCAGAAGGUAUGCUUGCUAAUGGAACAAAUGGAGUACAAGUUUGGGACACGUCUUUUACAAUACAAGCCUGUGUGGAGGCGGGUCUUGCAGACUCGCCCAAAUGGAAGCCUGUCCUCAGUCAAGCACUCGCCUUUCUGGAAGCCGAGCAGAUUCGUGACGAAGUUCCUGAUCGGGAAAUCUGCUACCGUCAAUCACGGAAGGGGGCAUGGCCUUUCAGCACCAAACUGCAAGGUUAUACGGUCAGUGAUUGUACGAGCGAGGCUCUACGUGUAACUCUGCAGUUGCAGAAAGAGCAUGGCUUCAAGCAAAUCAUUGACGACCAGCGAAUCAAGGACGCUGUAGACGUUCUACUGACUAUGCAAAACAAGCAUACGGGCGGCUUCGCUUCAUACGAGACACAACGUGGUUCGGAGCAUCUGGAGCUGCUCAAUGCUGCGGAGGUUUUUGGGCGGAUCAUGGUCGAAUAUGACUAUCCAGAAUGCACCACUUCUGUUGUUACAGUCUUGUCUCUAUUUCAGAAGCAUUAUCCGGACUACCGGGCAGAGGAGAUCAGAAAUAUCAAGAAGACCGCAUGCGCUUAUAUUCGCAAUGCUCAAAGGAAAGACGGAUCCUGGUAUGGUAGUUGGGGUGUCUGUUUCACUUAUGCUGCAAUGUUCGCACUGGAAUCUCUCAGCACUGUGGGAGAGACAUACAGCACAUCUGACCAUGUGCGGAAAGCCUGCCAAUUCCUCCUCUCACACCAAAUGGCUGAUGGUGGUUGGGGAGAAUCUUAUCGGGCAAGCGAGCUCAAAGUGUGGGUUGACGCCGAAACAUCGCAGGUUGUGGCAACCUGUUGGGCUGUCAUAGCCUUGAUGUACGCAGGUUACGACGACAAAGAGCCGAUUCGUCGAGCUCUCCAGAUGGUCAUGAGUCGUCAAAGAAGUAAUGGCGAGUGGUUGGCAGAGUCGAUUGAAGGAGUCUUCAACUGCAGCUGCAUGAUUACCUAUCCGAACUAUAAGUUCAUAUUCCCCAUUAAAGCGUUGGGCAUGUACAAGGCACGGUGGGGUGACGAUAAACUAUUGUGA